AGAGCCCCAGCGCCGCCGCCAUGAGCAGCGCGGAGCCGCCGCUCGGCGCCGGGCCGCGGGCUCAGCCCGCCUGGCAGCGGGAGAUCCUGGAGCGCAAGCGGGCCAAGCUGGCGGGGGCGGGCGGCGAGCCCGAGCCGCCCGCCGGGGAGCGGCUGGUGGUGGCCGAGAGCCUGGGCCCGCUCCGCGAGAACCCCUUCAUGCGGCUGGAGAGCGAGCGCCGCCGGCUGCGGCAGGGGCGGCCCGGGCCCGGCGCGGCGGCGCGGCCGCUGCAGCAGCUGCUGGAGCUGUACAGCGCCGUGCCCGGGAUCCGCACCAUCCGCGCCGACAACAUCCUCAUCAUCGAGUCCCGCACCGACCCCGCCGCCUGCUUCGCCGCGGGGGACGCGCCGCCCGCCCGCCGCCGGGACCCGGCCGGCCCCGACCCGCUGCGGGAGCUGCUGGCCCGGCGCGGGGCCGCGCUCGCCGAGAUCCGCGCAGACCAGGUCGUCAUCUACGAGACGGCCGAGCCGCCGGAGCCGCCCGAGGCGGCCGAGCCGGGCACCGUCAGCCGCCUCCUGGAGAAGUUCGGGCAGCGCCCGCGGGGCCGCCGCCGCCGCGGGGGGGACGCGCUGAGCGGGACCGGCGCCGGCGGCGCCGCGGCUCCUCCGCAGGUGGGACCGGGCGCUGCCCGGGCCGCGGGGCCCGGCUCCCCCCGCGCCCCCGCGCCCCUCCACAAGGGCCCCGGCUCCCCCCGGGCCCCGGCGCCAAAGGCGGCACCGCCAUCCCCGCCCGCGGUCCCCGCCGCCCCGCAGCCGCUGCCGGCGCCACCCCGGGCUGCCACCCCCCCGGCGGUGCCGGCCGCCCCCCAGCCCGCUGUCCUGCAGCCGGUGUCCCCCCGGGCUGCCACCCCCCAGCCCACGGCCCCGUCCCGGGCUGUCACCCCCCAGCCGCUGCCGGCUCCCCCGCGGGCUGUCACCCCCGAGCCCGCGGCACCUCCCCGGGCUGUCACCCCCCAGCCCGUGCCCCCGCAGGCAGCCCUGGCUCCCCCCCGGGCUGUCACCCCCCAGCCCACGACCCCCGCCCGGGCUGUCGCCCCGCAGCCCGCGGUUUCCCCCCGGGCUGUCACCCCCGAGCCCGCGGCCCCCCAGCCCGCCCCGGCUGCCCCCCGGGCCGCAGCCCCCCAGGCGGUUCCCGCCGCCCCCAAGGCUGCGGCCCCCCAGGCCAACUGCUUCCUCCACAAGAUCAGCUCCAACUCGUUCACCGUCACCCCCCGGGGGCAGCCCCCCGGCGCCCGCGUCCCCGAGCCCGGAGCUGUCCCCGCGGGCCGCCCCGCGCCGCCCAAGGGGCCGCCAGUGCCAUCCGCCAGCCCUUCCCAUGCCAGAGCCAACGCCAGGAGGCCAAAGCCAGAGGAGGCCGAGGCGGCCGUGUCGCCCCUGCCCAGUGCCAGUCUGGCCCCCAGUGCCACCGGCGCCACUCAGCCGCUCUCCGCCUCAGCCCCCCGGGCCGGGGGCUCCUUCGAGAUCCACCCGGCCCCCAAGCCCGACUUGGCGGCCAUCCCAGCCCACGACCUGCAGGCUCAGGCUCUGGCCAAGCUGCGCCUGAAUUCACGCAAUUCCUUCCUGUUCGUGCCCCGCCGGGAGGGCGGCCCGGCUCGGCCCCCGGCCCACAUCGCCCGGCCACCGCCACCGCCCUCGGAGGAGAAGGCAGCGAAGGAGCCCCCGAGGGCUCCCGCCCCGGAGCAGGAGGAGCCCGCCGCUUCCCCGUCGGCUCCUCUGGACCCGCUGGUACCUGUGACUUACAUCGAUGACAUUGUGGAGCCGGACAGUGGGGAGGUUUCUCCCAGGGCCGGCUCGACUGCGAGGACGGGGAGCUUGGAUCAGCCCGGAGGAGCUGGCCCUGACCUGGAGAUGGAGUUCUCCUCCGUGCCCCUCUACAGACCCCACUCUGCCCCCCACCAGAGGGGAGGCAGCACCUUCACUGUCGUGCCCAAAAGGAAGCCCGUUGCCUCGGGGCUGCAGACUCUCACUGAUGCCAGCGGAAGGCCGCAGCGGGAGGAAGAGGAUGAGGAGGAGGAGAGCAAAGGAAGAGGCAAAGCCAUGGAGAAUGCUGAUGGGCCCCAGGUGGGGAUACCCCAUAAAAAGCGCUACCCCUCAGUGAACGAGAUCGAAGUGAUCGGGGGGUACCUGUCCCUGGAGAGGUCCUGCAUGAGCAAGACGGGCUCCCGUCGCAAGAAGAUGAAGAUCUCCUUCAAUGAGACAAGUUUGCAGACUAUGUUUGAGUACCCCUCAGAGAGCUCCCUGGCAGAAGAGGAGGAGGAGGAGGAAGGCCACGCUUCGGAAACAGAGGAGGAAAAAUCUUGCCCUUUUUACGUUCCACGCCCCAAUGGCACUUUGCAUCCCAGUACACCCAACUCAGCAGAUUUAUCCAGCUACACCCCAAAGCACUCCGUGAAGUUCAGCGAGUGGCAGGAGCAGAAGUAUGAGGGUCCUGCUGCAGAGGGACCCCUCCCAAAGGAAGCUGAUUCCCAUGGGAACCAAGACAUGCUCACCCCGGCAGAGAAGGGCGGGCUCUCGGAUUUCAGCAGCGAGCCCGCGCUCUAUUUCUGACGGAUUCAUCCCCGGUCCUGCAGCAGCAGCUGCUGGGCAGGACGUGUCAGUGCACCUGCCCCGGCCCCGGCCGGCGCCCUCCCGCCCCGCCGUGCGCUGGAUCCUGAUGCCAAGGGGGGACCAGAUGCUCUCGGGCAUCUUCGGAGAAUAUUUGCACUGGAUUUUGGGACCUAAUUGCUACUUUUGAGGCGUAUGAUUUAUUCUGCCUGUGGCCUUGCACAUUCCUUGUUCAAGAUCAGCUGCUGAUUAGGCAAGUGCGCGAAGGGCAGAGCUGUAAUCCCGGGAUGGAUGUCAGUUCUCUCGGUGCUUAUCUGAGUCCAGGCACUCUGUGGGGUCUGGACAGCUUUUGUAACACUUUUCCCAUCAGAGGUCUCAGUGGAGAAUGGCUUUGGAGCACUGGGAGCAUCUGAGCUGGAUUCACAGCGUGGCUGUGAUUUGACAGAUAAGGUGUCAGUUUGGAAAACCAUUGAAGGGUCAUGGUUUGUUCUUGGCAUGUUUCUGGGACUGGUUUCACUGAACCAUCAUGGAAUUAAUGUGCCAGUUACGUGAACACCCUGUGAGGGAGGGGAGAGGAAUGAAUGCCUUUAGCUUUAGGUGUCAUUUUUGCACCAAUCUGUAACCAAGUGACCAGACUGGCUCGAGCCUCUUGAAAAUUCCCAAACAUUGGCCAUAGCUUUGCUCUGUCCAUACCCAAUUUUGGCAUCCAGUCUCUAGGAAUUGCUGGUUGUGCUCCAGUUUGCCAGUUCCUCUUGUUGCUCUGUUCCAGAUCUGACUGAUCUGUCUUGGUUUGUGGGGAGGAUUCCUUUGAACCACGCUCGCUCUGCUCCUCUAAUCAAAGCACAGGAGGGCACUUUCACUCCUUUCUUCUGCAGAACUUGAACAAGGAAUGUGGGUUUUUUUGUUUUGUUUUUUUUUUCUAGGAUUUUUAUAGUUCUAUUGUAAUUGUUUAAUGCAGCCAAUAUGCAAAGGAAUCUGCUAGAAUCUUCCAUUUACAUUUUCUACUACUGUAAACUCAGGGUCAAAAUUGCACUCUGGAACAGAUAGAACACUGCUGCUAAUGUGAUUUGUACUUUGGGAUUAAAAGAGAUGCAGUUGGAAAAGAUCUGGCCUCUUUGGGCUUUAUGGAAUGAGUGGUACCCCAGCAUGGGGCUCUGUCCAAAGGAACAGGCUGGAAUCUUUGAUUAGAUUUGAUAUGUUUAUUGGUUUGUCUGUUAUACAGAGAUGAUGGAUAUCUACUCGAGGUCUGUGAACUGAAAAUGCUCUGCAUACCUUGCACUGGGUUUGGUGUGUAUUGUAGCAGCAGGGGAAGGUUGUUCUGCUGAAAAACACAGUCAGGAUUAAAUGUUAGUACAUACCUACUUGUAGCUGUUCCCUUCUGUGCCUAAAUACUUCUGGAAAGAGAACACACACACAGAAAAAGAUGAGAUACUCAGUAGUUUGUUAGAUGUUGGCUGGAGGGGCCACAGAGGAACACUUGGCACCUCCUUGUUCUGUCCAGGCCAACUCAAGACCUGCUCCCUGCUUGACCUCCCAGGAGCAGGACGUGUCUGCAGUGCACCUGCCUGGGACAUGACACAGGUACUGUGGGUCCUGUGGAAUUCCAUGUGUUAUAUGGAAUACUUCAGGACAAGGUGCUGACACUGGGGUAGAAUGAGGGAAAAUGCAAGGAAAAUUUAAGGGGUAAGUUCUCAGCUGUGUGGAGUUAAACACUGCCCAUAGCCAAAGACCAGGGACUGUGUUUGAAGAAAAGGUUUUUUGCAGCUUUUUUAGCAGGAAGGUCCCAGUGAGCAUCCUUCCCUGUGGAAAAGCCCAGGUCAGUUUAAGGCAGCUCUGUAGAGUCACAGCUUAGCAAAACUGCAGGUGGUAAGGCAAAAGCUGCUUUCAGCUCAAGUUAGGGACAAGGUGUCUGAACUAGUCCUGACUUCGUUCUGCUAUGGAUCAAUGAGGAAUGCUAAAGCCAACAAUAUCCUGCAGCUUGUUCCCCUGACCUCAGCCAGCUGAAACACUGCUCUGGCACUCGGUGUGCUGUCCUCUGAGUUACCUCAGUGCCUGCAGCCCCGUGGGCAGGACAGGCUCAGGAGGUGGGGGAUGCAGCACGUGCUGCCCUGUGUGCUGCUGGCUCCUCUGCUCCUUCCUCCAGUUCUCCUGCUCUACCCUGCCCCUGAGUCACACCUCACCCAGCGCUGCCUUUGUGCUCCCCAGCUCUGCUCUGAUCCCUGUCUGUGCCAGGUACCCUGAGCUCACUCCUGGCAGGGCAAGGUGAGUGCUGUUCUGAGGGCAGAAGCAGCUUCAGGAUCACUGUGCUCAAAAUAAAGGGUAUUUUUUUUGUACAUGCCUACCCUCAUCUCUAACACUUGAGGAUCAGCUUUAGUGGAUCUCUAAUACCAAAGCACAUCUGAAAGGAAAAUUUACUUCUGCAAAACAAAGGCUUUUAUUAAAUGUGGUGUCCUUGUACCAGAACAGCAGCUGUCCCAGACCAGCAGGACUUCCCAGGCUGAAAAUCGAGUUUAGGAACGCUUUUGUUGAUGUGCUUGUUGUCCUAAUGAACUGCUUUGUGGCUCACUGGCUUUACACCAUUCCCACUUUCUUCCUUCAGGAUAUCUAGCAAUGUCUGAGAAUUGUCCAGUACCUGGGAAAGAAAUAAAAAUAGCUUAUUUUUACAUAAA